AAGUUUAAAUUUUAUGGAUAAAACUCACCGUAGGAAAAACUCAUUAUCUUCUUCAUCAUUUAAUCAGUGUCGAUUUCACAAAAAACAAACGAAAACAGAUAUAAGUUAAGUUUUAAAGCACUUAUAUUUAUUUUCUUUUAUUUUUGUUAAUGCGGUCCACAGUAAAACUUAACAUAUUUUAGAUACUUGAAAGUUGAGGAAGUUUGUUGUAAUCUUACAUUUGCAUUUGUGGGGCUAAAAAAAGACCAAAAAGAUCUUUAAUCUCUUCUCUUUGAGCACACUUUGCCACUCUUUGCAGAAGCAUCAUCUACAAGCUCUCAUAAGCUAAAGAUGAUGUAACAUGAAGAAAAUCUAUAAGAAGUCCAACAACAAUUAGAAGGGAAAAAAGCAAAAAAAAACAUAGCCACAAAAAAAAGGAAGAAAAGAAAAAGAAUCAAACUCUUAUAGUGGUUGUCAUUAUCAACAACUACUAGACAUUAUACUAGCAAGUGCAUCAAGAAUCACAAAUUUUGAAGCAUAUACAUUAAAUCAAGUGGCAUAAUCAAAUUGCAUACUACAAAAAUAUCAAUAUGUAUAUGCAAGAAAUAGAAAAACAAUAGAACCAUUGAUUCAAAUUCAAAGGCAUGGGAAUGAAGAGCACAGGUGGAGAAAUAGUUCAAGUUCAAGGAGGUCACAUUGUUAGAGCAACAGGUAGAAAAGAUAGGCAUAGUAAGGUAUAUACUGCGAAAGGUCCUCGCGAUCGACGUGUUCGUUUAUCAGCACAUACAGCAAUUCAAUUCUAUGAUGUUCAAGAUCGUCUCGGCUAUGAUAGACCGAGUAAAGCCGUUGAUUGGCUUAUCAAAAAGGCGAAAUCGGCUAUUGAUAAGCUUGAUCAACUUCCUCCAUGGAAUCCAAUUCCUAAUGCAACAGAAGAGUUACAAGAGGAAACAAAUGCAGUAGAAACAAAUGAAAUGGUUAUUGCAGCAGAAAAUUCAGAAUCUUCUGGUUACAAUAUGCAGCAGAAUAAUCACAAUCACAAUCACCAUAACCAUUCAGCUUUCAUUCAAUCAAGUAUUGAUAAUGAUGCUAUAGCAUUUUUUCCAACAAGUUCUGUUGCUGAAACUAUGAAUUUUCAAAGCUAUUCUUCUGAUAUAAUCUCAAGAACAAACAACUCAACACAAGAUCUUGGUCUUUCACUUCAUUCAUUUCAAGACAAUUCAGCUUCAAAUGAUCAAACACUUUUCUCUGAAUCAAACCCUGUUGGAUUUGAUGCUAAUUUUCAUAGGAUUGUGAAUUGGAACAAUGAUCAUGGAACAACUGAUAUGAAUAGAACUGGUUUUAUGGUUAAUUCGCCUGCGUUUUUAGGCCAAGGUUCGGCUUUUUCCGCCCAUAGGGGGACCCUUCAGUCCAGUUUUUCGCCUUCUCUUCGUCCUUGGAAUGAUAUUCCAAUGACGGAUUCUUCGGUAGAUCAUCAUCACAAUCACAAGUCUCAUUCUCAUCAACCAAUUCACCAAGCUUCUAUCUUUGGUAGCAGGUUUUUGUCUGAUGCUUUGACAGGUUACUGUAUUCCUGCUAGGAUUCAAGGAGACGAUGACAGCCACGGAGUUGGUUCCGAAAGGCCAUCCCCUUCUUCUAAUUCUCAUCACUAACAAGUAAUGUGACCUGCAUAAUGCUGCAAUCUUUCUUUUCUAUCAGGGGCAUUGUCUGCUAGAUAUGAAGACAUGGGAAGAUUAAGAUGGACACAUUUUGAUGAUGAUACACAAAAUUUGUCUGUUGGGUUCAACUUUUUUGUAACUUUAUUUAUUUUCUCUCCUUAUUGCAACCAUUUACUUUGGUGUUUUUUUUUUAUAAUUUUGAAACAAUUGAAUGUGGGUUUAUACCUUCCUUAAUUUGAAUCAAUGCUGCUAGAUAUAUUUAAGCAUUAUUAUGUAUUAUUUCAUGAUACUUUGCUCAAUUAAUAUAUGCCUUUGACUGCAUUCUGAUUUGA